AUGACAACUAUUGAAGUUUCAUAUCAAGUAGACAAAGGAACACCACCAAUGAAGGUUGAAACAGACAAUUCAGUGUUGUUCUACAUGGAAAUAAAGAAAAAAGCUGCUGCAAAAAUAACAGACUUACCAUUAUGUGUCACUAUAGUUCAAGAAUCAAGCAAUGAAAAUAACCUUCUUCUACGAGCAAAUCAAAAAGCUACAACAGAAGAAAUGGAGGUGGGGACAUUAUUAAUGCAAGCAAACCAAGCUUCCAUCAAUGAACAAAUGUUACUUGAAGAAGGAAUGUCAAGCACAACAAAUGAGGGCAUAAAUGUGUCAUACAUACCUCAUUUUGCUAAAGAAGUAGCUAAUUUCAUAAUUGAAGACAAUACAAAAAGAAAAAAGAAGUUGGAGGAAAUCAAAAUAGUAAUAUCUGACUACAGAGUCAACACAAUUGAGCAAGGGCAAAUUUACAAGGAUAAGAACACGAUCAAAUCAGAUCUUAGCUACUAUGCAAUGCUGCAUAACUUCCAGUUCAAAACAAAAAGAUCAGAACCUAGAAAGUACCUAGUUACCUACGUAGAUGACACAUGCAACUGGUUUGUGAGAGCAUCUAAGUACAAAAAUCAAGAUUUAUUCAAGGUACAAAAAUGCAUUCCAAAUCACACUUGCUCUGUUGAAAUUGUUAUGGAAGACCAUAGGCAAGCAAAAAGCAUCGUAAUUGGUGAAUUAAUAAAGAAUAAGUACAAGUCAAUCAAAAGAAAUUACACUCCAAAUGACAUCAUGAAUGAUAUGAAUGAAGACUUCGGAGUAACCAUGGGAUACACAAAAGCAUGGAGAUCACGAGAGAAAGCUUUGCGCCUAGCAAGAGGGAACCCCGAUGAUUCAUAUCAAAAGUUGCCAAUGUAUCUUUACAUGUUGAAGCAAGCAAAUCCAGGAACAAUAACACACAUACUCACAGACAAGGAAGAUAGAUUCAAAUACAUAUACAUAGCUUUCUCUAACUUAAUCAAGGGUUGGAGAUACUUGAGGCCUAUAAUUGUUGUUGAUGGAACUUUCUUGAAAAAUGCACAUGGUGGUACUCUAUUUUCAGCAUCAACGUUAGAUUCAAACAACAACAUUUUUGUGUUGACUUUUGGAAUAGCAGACUCUGAAAAUGAUAACUCAUGGCUUUGGUUCUUCUCCAAACUGAGAGACACCUAUGGAGAACUCGAAGGAUUGGCUAUAGUUUAUGGCAGACACAAGAUCAUAGACAAUGCAGUACAUAUGGUAUACCCAAAUGCUUUCCAUGGAGGUUGCAUGUUUCACUUGCUCAAUAAUUUGAAAAGCAAGUAUGGAAGCCAUGGAGAAGAGCUACAAAUGAAUUUCAUUGCAGCAACAAAAGCAUACACAAAAACAGAAUGUGAACACUACAUGAGAGGCCUUGAUAGACUUGACAGACGCAUUAGACCCUAUUUUGAGAAAGCCAAAAGUUUGGUUCAAAAGUGGGUUUGGAACAACUCAAAUAAUGCAAACGGAACAUUCACAAAAGUCUCUACAGCAACAGAGAAUGAGUUGAGUCAUGACAUUGUUUCAAAAAUGAAGUAUGAGAUGGUCUUGCCUUUCAACACAAUAGAAUACCAAGUUGGUGAUCAAAAUGGGAUAAAUUUCACGGUAAAUAUACAUAAUAGAACAUAUACUUGCAAUAGGUUUCAAGAAGAUGAAAUGCCUUGUGGGCAUGCAGUAGUUGUCAUUGCAAAGAGAAACUUGAGAGUGUAUGAUUAUUGUGCAAAGUUCUACAUUUGCCCCAUAAAGAUGAAUGGAAUCUCCCACAACACUUGGACAUAG